AUCUUCUAGGACAAGUGAUGGCUGAGAAACAACAUUAGACUCAUUCUCUCUGGUUGUCUCACAAUCCACUCUGCGCCUCUGAUACUUCAUUCGCCUUCCAAAACAAAUCCUCCCUCGUGACACUGUGUAGGGGCGAGGACUUUCUCCCUCCGAGCCCCUGCAGGCCUGCAUCGUCCUCCUCCUCCACCCUGCGUUAAAUCCAUUUUCCAGCCCCAAAAAAUGGUCAAUUAUAUUCAGUAAGGCCAUAUUCAUCACCCCUCUGAUUCGUUUGCCUGGGCUCGGAUACCAUGAACGCAAAAAUGGAGAAGGGGGCGAUGUUGAUGCACAAGUACCAAAUCGGGCGGUUUCUCGGCCAGGGGACCUUCGCCAAGGUGUAUCACGCCCGGAACCUAAAAUCCGGCGAGAAUGUCGCCGUGAAGAUGAUUGACAAGGAGAAGGUGAUGAAGGUGGGGUUGAUCGAUAUGAUCAAGCGGGAGAUUUCGGUGAUGAGGAUGAUCAAACACCCCAAUGUCGUCCAGCUCCACGAGGUCAUGGCGAGCAAGACGAAGAUUUACUUCGUCAUGGAAUACGUCCGGGGCGGAGAGCUUUUCGACAAGGUGGCUAAGGGGCGGCUGAAGGAGGAAACCGCCCGGAAAUACUUUCAGCAGCUAAUCGCCGCCGUGGAUUUCUGCCACAGCCGUGGAGUUUACCACCGCGAUUUGAAGCCGGAGAAUCUUUUGCUGGACGAGAUGGGGAAUCUUAAAGUGUCGGAUUUCGGGCUGAGCGCCCUGGCCGAAUCGCGUAGGCAGGACGGGCUCCUACACACCACGUGCGGGACGCCGGCCUACGUGGCGCCCGAGGUCAUCACCAAGAGAGGCUACGACGGCGAGAAGGCCGACAUUUGGUCCUGUGGGGUCAUUCUUUUUGUCCUCCUCGCCGGUUAUCUCCCAUUCCAGGACGCAAAUCUCAUGCAAAUGUACAGGAAAAUUAGCAGAGGAGAUUUCAAGUGUCCUAAAUGGUUCCCGCCCGAGGCCAAGAAAUUACUCUCAAGAAUUCUUGACCCCAAUCCCAUCACAAGAAUCUCCCUUUCUAAACUCAUGGAAAAUUCCUGGUUCCAAAAGGAUUUCACCCAAAUCCAAAUCCAAUCCCAACCCAAACCCAUAACCCUCGACCCGGAAUCCGAAGAAUCUCCGAGAAGCGUUUUCGACAUCAUCGACGACCAGGCCGGAUCCUCGUCCCAGAAACCGAAAAAAACAGAGAACAUGAAACCCACGUGCCUGAACGCAUUCGACAUCAUUUCUCUCUCCCCAAGCUUCGACCUUUCCGGUCUCUUCGACGUCGACACGAACAAAAAACCGGAGUCCCGAUUCACGACCCAGCAGCCGGCUUCCACCAUCGUCUCCAAGCUCGAGGAAAUCGCAAUGUCGGAGCACUUUCAGGUCCAGAAAAAAGACGGGAUGGUGAAGCUUCAGGGGAACAAACAGGGGAGGAAAGGGCAGCUCGCCAUUGACGCCGAGAUCUUCGAGGUGACGCCGUCGUUUCACGUGGUGGAGGUGAAGAAAAGCUCCGGCGAUACAAUGGAGUACAGAAAUUUCUGCGAACGGGAAUUGAGACCGUCGCUCAAGGACAUCGUAUGGAAAUGGGAAGGCAGUGAGCAGCCGCGUUAAUUGGGAUGAUCGGAGAAUUUUUAACGUUUCGAAACUGUUUUCAAAUGAAUCGAGAUUAAUAACAAUUAAGCAGCGAGAAAUUGGGUAUUAAUUGAGAGUUGCGAUGUAUAUGUCUCUGGGAUUGAAGAGAUGCCUGUAUUUAACUUCAACUCUACAGAUUGAGGAAAGAUGUGUUUCAAAUUUAAGCUCCAACCACAACUUUUCAUGCCAAAAGAAAGUUUCAGGAUGAGUUAAAGGAGAACAAAGUUGUAUAUUUGUUGUAUUCUUGAACUUCAUUUGACAUUUGCAUAUGAAAUGAGCAUAAUUCUUGGUAAAUUAGGAUGUCGGUGGACAAAAAGAUUAAUAUAUCACUUAACGGAAACUGUCA